AUGAGAAAGGAAGAUAAUUUAGUUCCAACAUUCACGUGGGACUGUCAAAAAUCAUAUCAUCCCAGCUGCGUGAAUAAAGACGAAUCUUUUCUCGAAAGCGAAAAAGAUUGGUAUUGCGCUUGGCAUAAUUGCUUCCGUUGCCACCGAAGUAAAUGUGCUUACCUUCGUUGCUACACUUGCCCAAAUGCCGUGUGCCGAAAAUGUCUUCCUGCUAGGCGCAUUUUAUUAAUUGAAGGGAAACAUGGAUUUUGCAAAGAGUGCCUAAAGCUUGCUUUGCUUAUUGAAGAGAACAAGGAUUGCGACUCUGAUGGGGAGAAGGUGGAUUUUACAGACAGGGAGACUGUCGAGGGUCUACACAUGGAAUAUUAUGACAUAAUAAAAAAGAAAGAAGGAUUUAAGCUGGGAGAUAUUUACGCUGCAAAGAAUCGGGUGAAGGCGAAAAAGAACUAUCAACCUAAUGACGAUGAUGAAGAAUCGGAUGAAGAUGAGGACUAUGAAGAAGAGCGGUUAUCUGAUUAUGAUGAUCCUGAGGACGAGAACAAAAAGAAGGGAACUUGUAAUAGAUCAAAAAGACAGAGAUUCACAAAGCAGGGGCCUUUUAAAUCCAAUAAAAAGGAGUUCAUUGGCUGGGCCUCGAGAUCCCUCAUUGAGUUUUUAAAUUCAAUUGGCAAAAACUUAACUGAAAAGCUGUCCCCGUACGACGUAACUUCCAUUGUGAACGAGUACGUGAAAGAAAAUAAUUUAAUACAUCCAGGGAAAAGGCUGUCGAUAAUCUGCGAUGAACGACUGCGUCGUCUUUUCGGAAAAAAGAAGAUAGGUAAAUACAAGGUUUUUGACCUUGUAGAGGACCACUUUGCCGAGAAUCAAGAGUCGGAUGAGGAUGAGCUUGGAUACAAUUCGGAAGACAAUAAUAGAGAAACUCAAAAUGCGUGCAAGAGGCAAAGGAAGAUUGGCUCAAUGAAAAUUCCUCGAGAAAAAACCAAAGAAAUUGAAAUGCCACUGAGUCGUUUUGCAUGCAUUGGGGUUGAGAACAUAAAACUGGUUUACCUGAGGAGGGGUGUGUUGAAGGAAAUGCUUAAAGAACCUGAAUCAUUUGAAGAAAAGGUGACUGGAUGCUUUGUGCGGGUCAAAUCCGAGCCGUACGAUUAUCGGUCAAGGAAGUCUCAUCAGCUCAUUCAAGUCAAAGGUGUAAAAGCACUUCCGACAGACGAAAACAGUACAGAGGCUAUCCUUUUACUUUCAGCUAUGCCUGAAGAAAUUCCCAUAAGUUUGCUUGCAGAUGAAGAUUUCACGGAGGAAGAAUGUGAAGAACUGAAAAAUAAAAUUUUGGCUGGUGAAGUUGAGAGGCCUACGGUGGUGAGUAAUAAUAACUUCAUUCGCCAAAUAUACUCCCUAAUCUGCAGUAUGUUGUGGAUCCAUAAAGAGCUGAGAUUGCUGAAGAAUCGCUCUGAUCUAGCAAAUGAAAAAGGAUGGAGAGGAGAAUAUCCUUUUUAUGAGUUUCUGUAUCAUUGA